GUUAACAAACCGUCUGAUCAGCAAGCGCACAAGAGCAAGAAUUUGUCAUGCCGUCUUCCACUACCGACUCCAACAACAACACGACCGAAGGGAGCUUGCGAUCGAAUACGGUCCGAUCCUUCAAGGUGAUGGACGUUUUGCGCGGCGCGAACGAAUUGCAACAACGCCUGGAUCGAGAAUACGCGUCCGCGGUCGCCUCCGGAAAGAGUCCCGAAGCCCCGGAAAAGGUCCUUCACCUGGAAGUUGGGCAACCCGAAUCGGGAGCUCCCAAAACGGUUGCCGAUGCUGCGGUGGAAGCACUGACGAUGCCCCGGGCCAAGACAAACGUCAUGGGUUACACUGAUGCCUUUGGUCURCUGGAUUUGCGGCAGCGAAUACGCCAGCACUACGUCGAGAAGUACAGCAACUCUGACGACAGGACCGAACAACAACAACAGAGCCUUUGUGUUCCAGACGUCUCGCAAAUUGUAGUGACCACGGGGAGUUCCGGUGCCUUUUUGUUGGCCUUCACGGGAUGCUUCGAUCCAAGUGACACGGUGGCGAUUGCCUCGUCGGGGUAUCCGUGCUACAGAAACAUAUUGCAGGCCCUCGGCUGUGAAAUUGCCACCGUUCCGAUAAACGACGAAUACAAAAUCACGGCCACAGAGCUGAGCCAAGAAAUCCGAGACCGACUCGCGGACGGCCGUCCGUCCAUCAAAGGGCUGAUUUUGUCCUCUCCCUCGAAUCCAACGGGCGCUAUGCUAACACCGAAAGAAUUGAAGGAAUUAUGCGAUCUCUGCAACAAAGAAAAGAUUGUCUUCAUGUCGGAUGAAAUAUACCACGGUAUUUCCUACGGGAACGUCCCAGAGGCUACGGCCUUGCAGUAUGCGGCGGCAGACACCGAGCACMCCGUGAACGAGAACAUYGUGGUCAUCAAUAGUUUUUCGAAAUACUACUCCAUGCCCGGUUGGAGAUUGGGUUGGAUGGUUGUACCCCCACGGUUCGUACAAGCCAUCAACAAACUGCAGCAAAACAUGUUCAUCAAUGCGCCGACCGUCAGCCAAACCGCCGCACUCCGGUGCUGGGACGAAGAAACCAUUCAAGAACUGGAAACUCAUGUUACGAAGUACCGAGCAAACCGGGAAGUAAUUCUAGCUCGCUUCGAGAGCUCUUCUCGUUCCCCCGGUGGAGAGAAACAACAAGUCCUUAAGGGCCUGACUCUCGAAAAGAACGUCGCACCGGCCGACGGUGGUUUUUACGUAUACGUCGAUCUGGGCGAGGACAAUAUUUGCAUCAACGAGAAUGCCAAUCUGGACUCUGUUUCCAUGUGUGAAGAACUGCUGUUUCGUUACUACGUGGCAUUUACACCUGGAAUCGACUUUGAAGAUCCGAACUGUCCGAAGAACAUGGGACGGCGCCGGUUCCGUAUCUCGUAUGCGGGUGGAACCGAGAACAUCCGCAAAGCGAUGGACAAAUUCACAGAGUUUUGGAAUUCAUUUUGGUUGGUAGAAAUCGCCAAUGCCAAGAAUUUAGUCUAAAAGCGGAAACCCUAGUAUUACU